ACAGCAAGGCUGGGUUCACAAAUCACUGUCCUUACGUUGAAGAAAGAGUAUCAACAAUUAAAGCGAUGCCUCCGCCUCUCGAUAGGAUUUCAGUUGGACGAGAAAGAUGACAAAGUCAUAAAACAUUUCAUCGAACAUCUGUCAGGAGCUUCAACUGCCGCGAGGCCGAAGUCUGUAGCACAUGCUCCAGAUGCCGAAAACAUUCGAUAUUAUAUGUGGAACUGCCAUGAACGUGUUUAUAAACAUCCUCGAUGCAUGAUACAACUUUCUUUUUGGCUUCAUAUUGCCGCUAUAUGGGGUCUUCGCACAGGAGAAACAACAGAGUCUUCUUCUCAUCGUGGUUCGAACGAGAGCAUACAUUACGGCGAUAUCACUCUGAGCCUUGUUCCAUGGAACGGAAACCUCAGGUAUCAACUCAAGAUUGCCUUACGGAAUCGGAAGUUCAAUAGAGGGCAUGAAGGCAAGGUGAAGAUCAUAACACUGCGAGAGCAUGAGAACCCUGCGGAGAGAUCUAAGUGUCCUAUCAGAUGGUUUCUUUCGUUGGCAUUGGCUGACGAGGUCUUUGCUGACGGCUUGGAGCUCAAGGACUUCGAGCGCCGCUGGGUUCAUUCCAGUGCUGGUUCUCGUGUCUUUCAGAUCAAAGAGUGCAAGAAGAAUACUCCAAUAUUUCGAAAGCUC